CGGUCGCCGCGGGCCGCGAACACUUGAUUCGGUGCGGGGUUUAUAUGGACAUGGCCUCGGGAUUCCUGGCGAUCCUGGGCUCUGACGUGAACUCGGAGCAGCCGUCACUGAUUAAAAAGUGCGGCUGGGCUGAGAACGCGAUCAUUCGGCGAGAGGGAGCCGAGGAGAACAGCCUUCGGGCGGAGUGGACACUUGGUGUUGGGCAGCGCCCAGAAUCUGCAAGAGGCAAACGCGGACUCGCACACGGCUUGCGCACCGACCCCGCAAAAGUUUUGAGUAAAGUUUCUAGCGCCACAUCCCGGCCAUGACUUCCAUGGAUCAUCAACAAGGACUAUCCGCCAACGGGCAGGACGACGGCGAGAUGCCGGCAACCGAGAAGGACCUGGCGGAGGACGCGCCCUGGAAGAAGAUCCAGCAGAACACCUUCACCCGUUGGUGCAACGAGCACCUCAAGUGUAUGAACAAGCGCAUCGGCGACCUGCAGAAGGACCUGGGCGACGGCCUGAGGCUGAUCGGGCUCCUCGAGGUCCUCAGCCAGAAGAAGAUGUACAGAAAGUACCACUCGCGGCCCAACUUCCGUCAGAUGAAGCUGGAGAACGUCUCGGUGGCCCUGGAGUUCCUGGACAGAGAGAGAAUUAAACUAGUCUCUAUCGAUAGUAAGGCAAUUGUGGAUGGGAACCUGAAGCUUAUCUUGGGACUGAUCUGGACCCUUAUCCUCCAUUACUCCAUCUCCAUGCCUAUGUGGGAGGAUGAGGAUGAAGAAGACAUUAAGAAGCAGACUCCCAAGCAGAGAUUGUUGGGAUGGAUCCAGAACAAGAUCCCACAGCUGCCUAUCACCAACUUUCACCGUGAUUGGCAGGACGGCAAGGCACUGGGUGCAUUGGUGGACAACUGUGCACCAGGUCUGUGCCCUGACUGGCAGGAAUGGGACCCAAAUCAACCCGUGGGGAAUGCCCGUGAGGCCAUGCAACAAGCUGAUGAUUGGCUGGGGGUUCCUCAGGUGAUUGCCCCCGAGGAGAUUGUGGACCCCAACGUAGAUGAGCACUCGGUGAUGACCUACCUCUCCCAGUUCCCAAAGGCCAAGCUCAAGCCUGGUGCUCCCCUCAGGACAAAACUCAACCCCAAGAAAGCUCGAGCUUACGGGCCAGGUAUCGAGCCACAGGGUAAUGUAGUCCUAAAGCCAGCAGAGUUCACUGUUGAGACGAUCAAUGCUGGUCUUGGAGAGGUCCUGGUAUUUGUGGAGGAUCCUGAAGGCCACACUGAAGAGGCACGUGUGACUGCAAACAAUGACAAGAACCGCACAUACUCUGUUUCCUACAUACCCAAAGUUGCUGGCCUUCACAAGGUAACAGUUUUAUUUGCUGGACAGCAAAUUGACAAAAGCCCUUUCAAAGUCCAGAUUGGUAUGGCUCUGGGUGAUGCCAACAAGGUGACUGCUCAAGGUCCUGGUCUGGAGCUGAAUGGGAAUGUGGCCAACAAGCCAACGUACUUUGACAUUUACACGGCAGGUGCUGGGUCAGGAGAUGUUGGAGUGGUCAUUGUUGAUCCCCAGGGACGGAGGGAUACGGUGGAGGUGAUUCUGGAGGAUAAAGGAGACAAUGUUCUCCGCUGUACGUACAGACCUCUGCUUGAAGGUCCUCACACCGUCCAUGUUACUUUUGCUGGAACACCAAUACCCAAAAGCCCCUUCACUGUGAACAUCUCUGAAGGAACCCCCCCUCUGGCCCAGGCUGCUGCACCAGUUCCAAUUAUGAUCGUUCCUCAGUCCAUCCGCACCCCGCCGGCAGACAAGGCGAAGAAAGCGCCGCCCCCUCCUCCCAAACCCAAACGAGCACCAUGCAAUCCCAAUGCGUGUCGAGCCUCGGGGAGAGGCCUGCAGCCCAAAGGGGUGCGAGUCAAGGAAGUGACCGACUUCAAAGUCUUCACCAAAGGAGCUGGCACGGGGGAAGUGAAGGUUGUCAUCAAAGGACCCAAAGGCACAGAGGAACCCGUGAAGGUUCGUGACAUUGGCGAGGGUAUCUAUGAAUGUGAAUAUCACCCGAUGAUUGGAGGCAAAUAUGUGGUGACCAUCACCUGGGGCGGUUUUGCUAUUCCAAGAAGCCCCUUCGAGGUGCAGGUUGGACCUGAAGCUGGUGCCCAGAAGGUACGAGCCUGGGGACCCGGACUGGAGACUGGCGUUGUGGGCAAGUCAGCAGAUUUUGUAGUGGAGGCCAUUGGGACUGAAGUUGGGACUUUAGGUUUCUCCAUUGAAGGUCCCUCGCAGGCCAAGAUCGAGUGUGAUGACAAAGGGGAUGGGUCGUGUGAUGUGAGAUACUGGCCCACUGAGCCUGGUGAUUAUGCAGUGCAUGUGAUUUGUGAUGAUGAAGAUAUUAAAGAUAGUCCUUUCAUGGCUCACAUCCUGCCGGCAAACAAUGAAAGCUUCCCAGAGAAGGUAAAGGCUUUUGGACCGGGUCUGGAACCAACUGGCUGCAUUGUGAACAAACCGGCUGAGUUUACUAUUGAUGCUCGGGCAGCUGGCAAGGGUGAACUCAAGAUCUAUGCACAGGAUGCAGAGGGUGUUCCUAUCGACAUCCAGAUCAAAGAUAACCGGGACAACACAUUCAUCUGCGUGUAUGUGCCACAGAAGCCCAUCAAACACACAAUCAUCAUCAGCUGGGGCUCGGUCAAUGUCCCGAACAGUCCCUUCAGAGUAUCUGUGGGUGAAGGGUGCCAUCCACAGAAGGUGAAGGUGUAUGGACCAGGUGUAGAAAAAACUGGACUAAAGGCCAAUGAACCCACUUACUUCACAGUGGACUGCAGUGAAGCUGGUCAAGGCGAUGUGAGCAUUGGAAUCAAGUGUGCACCAGGGGUUGUGGGACCAGCUGAGGCCGACAUCGAUUUUGACAUCAUCAAGAAUGACAAUGACACUUUCACAGUGAAGUACACUCCCCCGGCUGCUGGGCGCUACACCAUCAUGGUGCUGUUUGCUGACCAGGAAAUUCCCAUCAGCCCAUUCUGCAUUAAAGUGGAGCCAUCCCACGACGCUGGAAAGGUUAAGGCUGAGGGUCCCGGACUGAGCCGGACUGGUGUCGAGGUCGGGAAACCCACUCAUUUCACGGUCAACACCAAAGGGGCUGGCAAAGCCACACUGGAUGUGCAGUUCACUGGAGCCGCGAAGGGAGAGGCUGUUCGUGACUUUGAGAUCAUCGAUAACCAUGACUACUCCUACACUGUGAAAUACACUGCUGUGCAGCAGGGCAAUAUGAUGGUGACGGUGACCUAUGGAGGCGACCAGGUUCCGAAGAGUCCAUUCACCGUUAAUGUGGCUCCGCCUCUUGACCUGAACAAGGUCAAGGUUCAGGGACUAAAUAACAAAGUCGAUGUGGGGAAGGAUCAGGAAUUCAGUGUCAAUACUCGAGGUGCAGGGGGACAGGGGAAGGUUGACGUGAAGAUCACAUCUCCAUCCCGCCGUCCUAUCCCGUGCAAGGUGGAGACGGGACCUACCAGCGAUGUUUACUCGGUCAAGUACAUGCCGCCUGAAGAGGGGCCAUACAAGGUGGACGUUUGCUACGAUGGACAUCCAGUUCCUGGAAGCCCCUUCACCGUGGAGGGAGUCAUGCCUCCUGACCCCACCAAGGUGCGGGCCUAUGGGCCGGGUCUCAAAGGUGGCGUGGUUGGAAAAGCUGCUCCCUUUGCCAUUGAUACCAAGGGUGCUGGCACCGGUGGUCUUGGGUUGACUGUGGAAGGUCCUUGUGAAGCUAAAAUUGAGUGCCAAGAUAAUGGUGAUGGCUCCUGCUCUGUCUCGUACCUACCAACUGAGCCAGGUGAAUACACGGUCAACAUCCUGUUUGCUGAAGCCCAUAUUCCUGGCUCCCCCUUCAAGGCGGACAUCAAGCCUGUCUUUGACCCGAGCAAGGUCACUGCCAGCGGACCUGGGCUCGAGCGCGGCAAGGUUGAUGAGGCAGCAACGUUCACUGUGGAUUGUUCCAAGGCUGGGGAGGCUGAGCUGACGAUCGAGAUCAUCUCCGAGACUGGUGUGAAGGCGGAGGUUCACAUUCAGAAUAACAGCGACGGCACCUAUACCAUCACCUAUAUCCCACCGUUCCAUGGGAUGUACACCAUCACCAUCAAGUACGGUGGGCAUGCCGUACCCAAGUUCCCAGCUCGUGUCCGGGUCGAUCCAGCAAUUGACACAGCAGGAGUGAUGGUGUUUGGACCAGGAGUGGAGCCUCGUGGGGUACUCCGGGAGGUCACCACGGAAUUUACUGUGGACUGUCGAUCUAUCAACAAGACUGGUGGGAACCACAUCAAGAUUCGUAUAGUUAAUCCUUCUGGAGCCAUGACUGACAGUUACAUCAAAGACAAUGUUGAUGGCACCUAUCAUGUUGAGUACACGGCAUAUGAAGAUGGAAUGCAUAUGAUUGAAGUGCUCUAUGAUGAUGUCCUAAUCCCCAAAAGUCCAUUCCGAGUUGGAGUCACUGAGGGCUGUGAUCCUAGCCGUGUCCGGGCGUAUGGUCCAGGUCUGGAAGGAGGUCUGGUGAACAAACCCAAUAGGUUCACAGUGGAAACCAGGGGUGCAGGCACUGGAGGCCUGGGACUGGCCAUCGAGGGCCCCUCUGAGGCGAAAAUGUCCUGCAAGGACAACAAAGAUGGCAGUUGCAGUGUUGAGUACAUCCCCUUCACUCCUGGAGACUACGACGUCAACAUAACGUUUGGAGGGCACCCGAUUCCAGGAAGUCCCUUCCGUGUGCCAGUGAAGGAAUUGGUCGAUCCCAGCAAAGUGAAGUGCUCGGGUCCUGGCUUAGGCACUGGAGUACGUGCACAUGUGCCCCAGACGUUUACAGUUGAUUGCAGCAAAGCUGGGCUGGCACCACUCGAAGUGCUGGUCCUUGGGCCCACAGGUGUAUCGGAGCCAACAAAGGUUAUUGAUAAUGGAGAUGGAACGCAUACUGUUCACUACACCCCAACCACAGAUGGUCCCUUCACUGUCUCUGUGAAAUAUGCAGACCAGGAGGUUCCACGCAGUCCCUUCAAGAUCAAGGUUCAGCCAACUCAUGAUGCCAGCAAGGUGCGAGCAAGUGGGCCAGGACUCAAUGCCUCUGGAGUGCCAGCUAGUCUUCCGGUCGAGUUCACUAUUGAUGCCAGGGAUGCUGGCGAAGGGCUGCUCACUGUCCAGAUCAUUGAUCCUGAGGGCAAACCAAAGAAGGCAAACAUCCGCGAUAACGGAGAUGGGACGUACACUGUGUUCUAUGUCCCUGAUAUGACUGGACAUUACACCAUCACUAUCAAGUAUGGAGGCGAUGAAAUCCCCUAUUCACCAUAUCGAAUCCAUGCCAUUCCUACUGGAGAUGCCAGCAAGUGUCUGGUAACAGUGUCCAUCGGUGGCCAUGGACUAGGGGCAGGACUUGGUCCAACCAUCCAGAUUGGCGAGGAGACGGUCAUAACAGUGGAUGCCAAGGCAGCUGGCAAAGGGAAGGUCACAUGCAAGGUGUCGACCCCUGAUGGAGCUGAGCUGGAUGUCGAUGUGGUUGAGAAUCAUGAUGGAACAUUUGACAUUUAUUACACAGCACCGGAACCUGGCAAAUAUGUUAUUACCAUCCGCUUUGGUGGGGAACUUAUACCCAACAGCCCGUUCCAUGUGGUGGCCUGUGAUGCCAUCCCCAUCAUUGAGGAGCCCUGCGAUACCCUGCAGCUACACCAACCCUAUGUGCCUUGCCGUGCUGGCUAUCCACCACACUGGGCCACGGAAGAGUCUGUUGUCCCGGUUGAUGUUAUGGAACAUGGUCUCCGGCCAUUCAACCUGGUCAUUCCCUUCACUGUGCAGAAGGGAGAAAUCACAGGCGAAGUCCGGAUGCCAUCUGGUAAAACUGGCCAUCCAAACAUAACUGACAACAAGGAUGGGACUGUCACGGUGAAAUAUGCUCCGAUCGAGAAGGGUCUGCAUGAGAUGGACAUCAAGUAUGAUGGGAAUCACAUCCCAGGUAGCCCAUUGCAGUUCUAUGUGGAUGCCAUUAACAGCGGUCAUGUAACUGCUUUUGGACCUGGUUUGAGCCAUGGGAUGGUGAACAAACCAGCAACAUUUACCAUUGUCACCAAGGAUGCAGGAGAAGGUGGCCUGUCCCUUGCUGUGGAAGGUCCCUCUAAAGCUGAAAUCACAUGCAAAGCCAACAAGGAUGGGACCUGUACGGUGUCCUACCUGCCCACUGCCCCUGGAGAUUACAACAUUAUUGUUCGAUUUGAUGACAAACACAUUGCAGGGAGUCCCUUCACUGCCAAGAUCACUGGUGAUGACUCAAUGAGAACCUCGCAACUCAACGUUGGCACAUCGACUGAAGUUUCAUUGAAGAUUACAGAGACAGAUCUCAGCAUACUCAAUGCCAGCAUCAAAGGCCCGUCGGGUAAUGAGGAGCCCUGCUUACUGAAGAGGCUGCCCAACAGGCACAUUGGUAUUUCAUUCACCCCAAAGGAAGUGGGAGAACAUGUGGUGAGUGUGAAGAAAAAUAACCGUCAUGUUACAAACAGCCCUUUCAAGAUCAUGGUGGGGGCCUCCGAGAUUGGCGAUGCCUCCAAGGUGAAAGUUUCUGGGAAAGGACUGGUGGAGGGUCGAACAUUUGAGGUGUCGGAGUUCAUCGUGGACACAAGGGGUGCAGGUUAUGGAGGACUUGGUCUGUCCAUUGAAGGUCCCAGCAAAGUUGACAUAAAUUGUGAUGAUCAGGAGGAUGGAACGUGCAAAGUGACUUACUGCCCAACUGAGCCAGGCAACUACAUUAUCAACAUUAAAUUUGCUGAUUGUCAUGUGCCAGGAAGUCCUUUUACAGUGAAGAUGACUGGUGAAGGGAGAAUUAAGGAGAGUAUCACAAGAAGGCGCCAGGCACCCUCCAUAGCAACUGUGGGCAGCACCUGUGACCUGAAUCUGAAGAUUCCAGGAAACUGGUUCCAGAUGGUAUCCGCACAGGAGCGUUUGACCAGGACUUUCACACGCAGCAGCCACACCUACACACGCACGGAACGGACAGAGAUCAGCAAAACACGCGGUGGGGAAACAAAGAGAGAAGUCCGAGUGGAAGAAUCAACACAAGUUGGAGGGGACCCUUUCCACAACGUGUUCGGAGAGUUCAUGGGCCGUGAAAGCUUGGGCUCCUUUACCAAUAUUCCACGGGCUGAAGUGGAAGUUGGGGCGAAGGUGAUGACUGCUCAAGUCACCAGCCCAUCUGGGAAGAUGGAUGAUGCAGAAAUUAUUGAGGGAGAAGACAGCACUUACAGUGUACGGUUCAUACCACUGGAGAUGGGCUCUCAUAUUGUCAAUGUUAAGUAUCGAGGCCAACAUGUUCCCGGAAGCCCCUUCCAGUUCACAGUGGGACCGCUGGGCGAGGGAGGAUCCCACAAGGUUCGAGCUGGUGGUUCUGGUUUGGAGCGUGGUGUUGCUGCAGUGCCAGCUGAAUUCAGUAUCUGGACUCGAGAGGCUGGAGCUGGAGGUCUCUCCAUUGCCGUAGAAGGUCCAAGCAAAGCGGAGAUCUCAUUUGAAGAUCGCAAGGAUGGCUCGUGUGGCGUUUCUUACAUUGUGCAGGAACCUGGUGACUACGAGGUAUCCAUCAAGUUCAACGAUGAGCAUAUCCCAGAUUCUCCAUUCGUUGUUCCGAUUGCUUCUCCCUCGGAUGCUGCCCGCAGACUCACUGUUACCAGUCUUCAGGAAUCAGGAUUGAAGGUCAAUCAACAAGCCUCAUUUGCAGUUCAGCUGAAUGGAGCAAGAGGAGUGAUUGAUGCAAAAGUCCGGACCCCAUCUGGGGCUGUGGAGGAAUGUUACAUGUCAGAGCUGGAUAGUGAUAACUUUGCUAUCCGCUUCAUACCACGUGAAAAUGGUGUCCACUCCAUCGAUGUCAAGUUCAAUUCCUGUCACAUCCCAGGCAGCCCAUUCAGGAUCCGAGUGGGAGAGCCAGGACAGACGGGGGAUCCUGGCUUGGUCUCUGCCUAUGGCCCUGGACUGGAAGGAGGUGUCACAGGAGUGCCCUCAGAAUUCAUUGUCAACACAUGUAAUGCGGGAGCUGGAGCUCUUUCUGUCACUAUUGAUGGUCCGUCAAAAGUGAAGAUGGACUGCCAAGAGGGCCCUGAGGGUUAUAAGGUAACCUACACUCCAAUGGCCCCUGGUAAUUACCUGAUCUCCAUAAAAUAUGGUGGACCUCAACAUAUUAUUGGCAGUCCAUUCAAGGCUAAGGUCACAGGAGUUCGAUUGUCAGGGGGGCACAGUUUACAUGAGACAUCCACAGUCUUGGUUGAAACAGUUACCAAGUCAUCCACAGUUGCUGGCUAUGGACCAAUGCCCAAAUUCACAUCUGAUGCCAGCAAAGUGGUAUCUCGAGGGCCUGGUCUGUCCAAGGCUUUCAUUGGGCAGAAAAACAACUUCACUGUGGACUGCAGCAAAGCAGGAACUAACAUGUUGAUGGUGGGUGUGCAUGGCCCGAAGACCCCUUGUGAAGAAGUUUAUGUGAAACACAUGGGUAAUCGUGUAUAUAACGUCACAUACACUGUGAAGGAGAAGGGCGACUAUAUUCUGAUUGUGAAGUGGGGCGAUGAGUGUGUGCCCGGUAGCCCAUUCCAUGCUACUGUCCCCUGAAUGACUGAUGGAACCUUUGUUACAUCCCAGAGGAUCUGAAUUGUCUAAGUUUUGUAGAAAAACAACAAAAAAGUUAACUUAAAAACUAAUAUCCAGCCCUGCAUUUGCAGGGAUGGGGGUGUUU